CACAUAAUCAAAGUUGUAAUGGAAUAUGUGAAAAUCAAGAGUUUUAAAAACCUCCUUAGUUUGCAAACAACAAACAUGAAAUAUCCCAAAUCCCCAAAUUCUUAAUGUGUUUCUUAUCUUAGGUACAAUAUGCCAUUCAAAGCCCAGAUUCAAAAGUGGGUACAACACCUUUCCAACUCAGCAGACAUAAUUGAGAACUGGAUGAUGGUGCAAAACCUGUGGAUCUACCUAGAAGCCGUCUUUGUGGGAGGGGACAUUGCCAAGCAACUUCCCAAGGAAGCCAAGCGCUUUUCCAAUAUCGAUAAAUCUUGGGUGAAGAUCAUGACUCGGGCACAUGAGAUGCCCAGUGUGGUACAGUGUUGUGUUGGAGAUGAGACCAUGGGGCAGCUGUUACCACACUUGCUGGAGCAGUUGGAAAUCUGCCAGAAAUCCCUUACUGGAUACUUGGAGAAAAAACGACUUUGCUUUCCCCGGUUCUUCUUCGUCUCGGACCCCGCUCUCCUGGAGAUUCUGGGGCAGGCAUCAGACCCACACACGAUACAAGCCCAUUUACUGAAUGUGUUCGACAACAUUAAGACCGUCAAGUUCCAUGAAAAGAUCUAUGAUCGCAUUCUGUCAAUUUCCUCUCGAGAGGGUGAGACGGUUGAAUUGCAUAAACCCGUGAUGGCAGAGGGCAAUGUGGAAGUUUGGCUUAAUUCUCUCCUGGAGGAAUCUCAGGCCUCAUUACAUCUUGUGAUUCGCCAGGCAGCAGCAAAUAUUCAAGAAACAGGUUUCCAACUGAUUGAAUUUCUUUCUUCCUUCCCUGCUCAGGUUGGAUUAUUAGGAAUUCAAAUGAUAUGGACACGGGAUUCUGAAGAGGCCCUUAGAAAUGCCAAGUUUGAUAAAAAAAUCAUGCAGAAAACCAAUCAGUCUUUCCUGGAGCUACUGAACAUGUUGAUAGACAUGACAACCAAGGACCUGAGUUCCGUGGAACGAGUUAAAUAUGAGACUCUGAUUACUAUUCAUGUGCACCAACGAGAUAUCUUUGAUGACCUGUGUCACAUGCAUAUCAAGAGCCCUUCGGACUUUGAGUGGCUGAAACAGUGCAGGUUUUAUUUUAACGAAGAUUCUGACAAGAUGAUGGUUCACAUCACAGACGUGCCAUUCAUCUACCAGAAUGAAUUUUUAGGCUGCACUGACAGGCUUGUCAUAACGCCGCUCACAGACAGGUGA